CUCUGAUCGGCAAAUCGCAGGCCACAAGAGAUGAGCCUCCAUACUUGAGCGCUCUUUUAUCAGACACUAUUUAGACUACAGUAAGUUCCAACACUAACUCGUGACGACGACCAUUCAAUAUUUAUCACCGAAUAAAGAUGGCUACCCCUAUGCGAACGUCGACAAGGAUAGCCACAAGAACUACUCAAUGCCUACGAAAUCGGCAUAAACCUCUGUCUCGGUGGAACAACACAUCAUCAUCAUCAUCAUCAUCAUCAUCAGCUUCGAAAGGUACAAGAUCUCCUCUUUCGGCUGCAUUCAAUGCCGCAGUACAAGGGAUAGCUUUUGGGUCAACUCUUGGAGGAACGUUAUGGCUUUACAACUAUCUUGGCAAAAGAGAUAUUGACUGCUCUUGGGCAACAAAGUUUUCUGCUCCGAAGUACGCAAGUGUGAAAGAGAUGCAGGCUGCUAUCGAAGAGAUUCGGAAAGCUCUCGGCGGUGAUAAUGUCAGUGUAGACGAUGAAAUAUUGAAAGCUCAUGGGUACUCGGAAUGGUCACCUGCGAACAUUGAUACUCUGCCCGUUGCUGUUGUGUAUCCAAAGUCGACCGAAGAAGUAUCGCAGAUUAUGAAAACAUGUCACAAGUACAAAGUACCCGUCAUUGGGUAUUCUGGAGGGAGCAGUCUUGAAGGCAAUUACUCAGCACCGCAUGGAGGUAUCAGUGUUGAUUUCAUGCAUAUGGACGCUAUAGUGAAAGUCCAUGAAGAAGAUAUGGAUGUUGUGGUUCAGCCAGCAGUCGGAUGGGUAGAUCUCAACAAGAAGAUUGCUGGCAGCGGCCUUUUCUUCCCCGUAGAUCCUAGUCCGAGUGCUAAGAUUGGCGGUAUGGUUGGUACCAAUUGCAGCGGAACAAAUGCUGUUCGUUACGGUACCAUGAAAGACUGGGUGCUGAAUCUUACUGUUGUCUUAGCUGAUGGAACAAUCAUCAAGACUAGGAAUCGACCUCGGAAGUCUGCAGCGGGCUACAAUUUAAAUGGCAUAUUUGUUGGAUCUGAAGGAACGCUAGGCUUGGUUACUGAGAUCACACUGAAAUUGGCUGUCUUUCCAAAGCAUUUCAGUGUAGCAGCAGCGACAUUUCCCACAAUACGAGAUGCUGCUGAUACAGCAUCCGCUGUGAUGCGUGCUGGAGUCCCCGUAGCAGCCCUCGAAUUCUUGGACGAGGUCCAAAUGGCAGUUCUAAACAAAGGCGGCUGGACCGCACCUCUGACUUUCGAAGAGAAACCAACCUUGUUCUUCAAGUUUUCCGGCACGAAAGCCAGCGUAGCAGAUAAUGUCAAGGAAGUCGAAACUAUAUCAAAAACUCAUAAAGGUGGCGCUUUCCGUUAUGCAAAGAACGAGAAGGAGCAGGAAAUCAUCUGGUCUGGGAGGAAACAGGCUUUGUGGAGUUUACUUGCUGCGAGACCUGAGGGCACAGAACUAUGGACUACAGAUAUAGCGGUUCCGUAUUCGAGUUUGGCUACUAUGAUUGAGGCAUCGACAAAGAGCUUGAAAGAACUUGGUUUGUUUUCCUCGAUUGUUGGGCAUCUUGGUGAUGGAAAUUUUCAUGAAGCUAUAAUGUAUCACAAGACCGAUCCUGUGGAAUCUGCCGCUGUUGCAAAACAUGUCAAAAAUAUGAUAGGACGUGCUUUGGAAAUGGAUGGCACCUCUACCGGUGAGCAUUCAAUUGGAUAUUUUAAGAAAGAGGAACUGCUUCAGGAAGUUGGACCUGAUACAUUAGGGGUGAUGAAAAGUAUCAAACAAGCAUUGGAUCCGCAUUGGCUACUAAAUCCAGGGAAGAUUUUCGAUACCCCAGCCUGAAAUUUAAAGUCGAAUUGUAUAUUCAAGGAAGCAAUUUUCUGGAUCGUUAUUUUGGCGUCACCUAGAAGA